AUGCAGUUUCUCUGUCUUCCGGGAGCCUAUGGCAGCUCCGAUAAAUUCCAGGUUCAGCUAGCACCUAUCGUCAAGGAGUUGACUGAAGAUGGAACGGCUACCUUCCACUUCAUCCACGGCCCGUGCAAAGCCGUGCCGCCCGAGGGCUGCGAGGCGUACUUUGGAAAGCCGCCCUAUUACCGCUUUAUCGAGCCCGACCGGGAUGUGGAAAAGACCCAAGACGAUGACGUCCUGGCCAGAAUCAGGGACUUUCCCGACUGUGAGAGUCCCGAGGACACCAUGCGAGAGCUGAUGAGCGAGGGCGUCGCCACCUCACAUCGCAGUACCGACAAUGCACUCAAACAUCUGAUCAAAAUCAUGGACGAGCGCGGCCCAUUUGAUGCCAUCAUUGGCUAUUCGGAAGGCGCCACUGUUGCUGCCACGCUUCUGCUUCACGAGCAGAGGCGCUUCAAGAAGAAGGGUAUCAAGCCCAUGUUCAAGUACGCCAUCUUUUUCGCUGGCUGGCCCCCCGUCGACCCUGACACCCACCACAUGAUUCUGAGCGACGAAUCCGACGUCGUGAUUGAAAUUCCUACAUGUCAUAUUAUCGGCUCCUUGGACCCUUAUGUCCAUGGAUCUUUGGCCCUUUACAAUGUGUGCGAUCCCGCUACUGCCUAUCUCUUCGAUCACGCCAAGGGCCACACGCUACCGCGGGACAAGGAAACUGUAAAGGAACUGGCUAAUGUGGUACGGGAGGCUGCCUGCCUCUAUGGAAUCCAUGCCGAGUAGCGUCUGUUAAAGGACAGCCGUUUGCGCAGAAACAGUAAACGGAUAAAUGUCGAAUUGGUAAUACAAAGACACCUUAACCGAAGCCUCAAGCGAACCAAGUGAAUGGCCAACAUGGAUCAAUAUCAGGUGCCAUAAAGGAUUGGGCAACCAGCCAAGCCUGGCGAAGCGAGGCAUCAUGUAGCAGCAUACCGGGAGUGGCUCUCGGUCACGGCACAGUUUCGGGAGCUGUCCAUGUUCCCCAAGGUACUUUGAAUGCAAAGGACCGAACCAUGACUUGACGACGGCAUUGGGACGCCCACUUUGCAGUUACAUGACAAGGGAGAAUGCAGCUUGAUCGAUUAUUUGGAUCGUCUCGGCACUACAUGGUGACAGCUAUGGCUGUGCAAGAAAUCCAACGGCUGACUCUAUGUUGGCGACCAACCAGGAGGUAGGCGGUAGGGGUUCAAAGACCAAUGACUGCACCAAGCAGUGAAAUCAAAUGGAGAAAAAGCGAGAUAA